CUCAGGUGGCGCUAGAUGAAGACAAUAGAGGUGAUCACUUUCGAAACCGGCAAUGGAAUGGGACGGUAAGGAACCGGAAGAGCUCUUCCGAAACAUCGUUCUAAAGUCUCAGAAACUCGGAGUCACACCAGUUGAUCUAUCAAAAUUAGACUCUUUUCGGAAACUUACCGAGAAAGAUCGUUGGUGGAAUAAGACUUGGUUUCGUGUUCUAACCAUAAUCGUUUUGUUUCUAUCCAUUAUCGUUCCUUAUGGGAGCUUUCAAUCGGUCGUCAGGCUCUUCUGGCUGUCUGGAGAUCGUUUGCAAGAUGACAUGUGCAUAUUUCGAAUGCCAUCGGAAAUUCAAAACUUAUUCAUGCCACCUGUGGAUUGUUCUACAUGCCGAAACAUGACUGAAGUAGAAAGAGUGAGUCAUAUCACCCCGGAUGAAUUUGAAAAAAGAUUGNCUUAUAGGACAGAAUUUGUGAGUUUAUACGAAGCUCUCUCCAUGUCACCACAAAGGGCAAGUCAGCCAUGGUACAUAGGAUGGAGUAACUGUGACAGUGAUGUGGGGAAUGUAUUGAGGAAGCACUACCAUAAACCCUAUUUCCUUCCCCUUCAAUCAGAGAGCACAAAUAUCGAUUGGAUAUUUAUGGGAACACCAGGAUAUGGAGCACACAUGCACAUCGAUCACGUGGACAAUCCCUCGUGGCAGGCACAAAUCCAGGGAAGUAAACUUUGGACACUGGAACCUGUUCCUGAAUGUUAUACUGAAUGCAGAACAAUUGAAGUCCUUGUGAAUGCCGGUGAAGUUAUUGUUCUGGACACGAACCGCUGGUACCACAAAACGCUAACAGUUGGCGAACAUCUCAGCAUUACAAUUGGAUCAGAAUACGAUUGAAAGCAUUGUAUCUCUAUUUUGUGGACACAUUUUGCACAACCAUUUUGGAUUCCUCUGUUUCUUUAGUUUUAAUAAAGGAAAUGAUAAAUCUU